GCUGAGUCUCGCCAGACCGACACAGACAUCAACGAGAGCCAACAAGGAGAUAACCAACAUGCAACAACUCGACAUAUCGUAGUAGAGAAAGCGGGGAUACAAUUGAGUCAAGUUCACAAAAUAUAGAAGAAGCCACGACUCUCAUCUUUCACCACUGAAUCAUCAUUAUCAUCACGGUAUUAUUAAGUGAACAAGGUGAAAAAAUAAAAAGGGGAUCGUGCUGGGUGAAAGUGCACUUUCUCACACUGGAAUCAGGCACCACUCGCUCACCCACUCUGCUAACUUCCAUACGUUGACGUUCAACAGAAAGAAGAAGAAGACGGCCAAGAAACCGCACGUUUUUUAUUGACAACGGGACGGGUAGUAAGUAGUAGUUCGUGGUAGUGGUGGUGGUGGGUGGUAGAUGCAACAAUCUGCCUCUCGUCUUUCACAGAAAAUAGGAUCCCAUCUUCUCCUUAUCCACGUCCACCCACCGUUCGUGGUGAAAGUGUGGGUUGUCGUCAUUAUUGCGUUAAAAAUAAAAUAAAAAAACGGGAAUGAAAAGUUUCCGGUUACAUUUUCCCUGUGAUACAUACAUAUGUUUACUCGCUAAAUAAGUAAAUCUCCACUCUUGCUGCCCACGCACAAAUCAAUUUCCGUCGGAGAAAGCAAACCAAACCAAAGCGGUGAGAUCAAUUAAUUAUCACUACAAAGAAGAGAAUUAUUAAUGUAGGUUUGACUAUUUUAUGCGAGUUAGUACUUAUUUGUGAAGUAAACCAAGCUAAAUUUGCGACAAACAGCAUGAGAUGAAGUAUCAAUAAUGGCUUUCUCCACUCCUCCUUGCUCGUUGGGACAUGAGGUUACCACUCUUCUGCUGCUUGUUACCCCUCCACAUGUCUGUGAACGGAAUAUCUUCCUGCCGUGACGUGAUGUGACAUCGACAUCCAAAUAUUAAACGCUCAAGUGAAAGAGACACAGAGACGCUUUCACUUUUCGUUAUUUCUCCAUCUUCUUGUAUCCAUGUACCUGGAAAAUAACGUGUCAUAUGAAAUUACCAUCCAUCACUUCCAGGAGAGACAACCACUUUGUUUCAGUCGCCAAAAACGGCUCAAUAUUGAUUAAACGGGUAGUUGUAGCGUGGAGCUGUCAAUGCGAACCACGGAUCCUGCUUAAUGGACGUAACGUGAUGAAACUAAUGAAUCUAAUUGAAGCAAACCAAAUCCCUUCAAUCAAUUAUAUCCGUGAUGAAAUGGUGAAAAGUCACCCCUGCCAACAAAACCGACCCUGCUUUCACCAUAACUGUCACGUGCAUGUCGAGUGAAAGUUGGGUCGACUACUUCAUUACGAUAAGGAAAGCGUGAUAAGCGGAUUACCAACCAACCACAACUCUCAAGAUCUUGCCUCCUAGCGUUGAAGAAAAAAGUCGAGAGAGAAAGUUGGAAGAGACGUUAACGUACGUAAAGUUGGUGUAAGUGUCGUCCAAAUCUGUGACAUAGACAUAACAUCGACAUGGCAUGGUGACACAAUCGUGUUACCAUGAAAAAAGGUGGGAGCACCUCUUUACCGCAAAAUUCAUUGCAUUCCGGUCACCACGGAGAACAAUCAGCAUAAUUUUAUUAGUGAGAUUGCGCCAACAUACAUGCGCUGCCGUGUCGUAAGCGCGAUAGAUGACACUGCCAUUGGAAUAAUGGUCCACCAAGGCGACGGCGAGGCGACGAGCGUGGUCCGACGGUGAUAAAUAAAUAAGUGAAAGUGUGAACAGGAAACAACGGCCCGAUCUCCGUAUUCCAUUCUUCUACCGGAAUUUUGCUCACAGACGAAAAAAAAUACACCGUUCUGUUGUUGCUGCUUUCUCCUCCUGCUGACUCUCUCUCUCUCGGAGAUCGUGGGUUCUUCAUGACAUCGUACUUUCCUUAUUACCUUGCGCUCUUUGGACUUCUUUUCUUCAUCUCUGUCAUUUGUUGCUGCAUUAAGCUAAUAGACAUAAUUGACCAGCCAGUUUCUCGACCAAGCACCAACAUGCCCGCCUGGAACUACGCCAACUACUUACAAAACAGCCCCGUCGCGAUCCUAAGUCCGCAACCGGACCCAUACUUAAGAUGUGCCAUGUUGGCAGAAAACCACGGCCUCACGGUGGAGGAAUACCUCACCGCCGCGGCGAGUGGUCCAGGCCUGUACACAUCCACCUCUCGAGACGUGAUAUCUGCUCAGUACAGCAAUACAGCUGCUAAUCACCACAGUUUGCCUGCACCCCCGCCACCCGCCCCGGCCCCGUCGCCCAACCCGCAGUCGGGGGGGUCGUCAUCUCCACCCAUCUAUAGAAUUCCAGUACCUGACUUUGCAGUCCAGCCGACACCGUCGCCCCUCGCUCAACAACGGUCAGCCCAGUCGCGCCGGAAGCGGGAAACGUUUCGCCAGUCUUCCCUGAGAGAAAGGGAAAGUCGGGAUGGAGGAGAAAGUAGUGGGCCGACGAGGUCCCGAUCAAGGUCCAGCAUGCGGGAAGGACGUCAAUACCCACCAAAGUAUGAAGACAUUUGUUUCGAUGUCUGACUGCCACUAUCGCACUUAAUCUUAGCUAGGUUUAGGAGGGAGUGAAAUGGUCCCAAGAGUCUAGACUUAAGGGGGCAAUUGAUUAAAACGGCGAGUUUAGGAGAAGGAGAAACCAAUUGAGCUCUAAACGAGCCGGUAAUUUAUGAUAUUUCUUUUAUGAAGCAAUUAUUUCGGGAUAUUACGUACCUUUAUUAUCCUUCUGAGAAGUAGUAGUUACAAGGGAGGUUUCCCAGGGGAUGCUCUCAGAUUUUGCGAAAUCUAGUGGGAAUCGAGGACAAAUUUGAUUAG